UAAUAAAAACUCGCACCGUUAUGGCCUGCUCGCACUGCGACGCGCCGGUGUCGACGAGCGGCGCGGCGCCGUACCGCGGCCGCCUCUACCACCCGCACUGCCGCAGCUGUUUCGUAUGCGGCGAGGAGGACCUGCAGGACGCGGAGACGUUUAAGGGCGUGAUAUUCUGCUGCGCGUGCGCCAGACGCAUCUUCGCGGAGCGCGCGCGCCGCCGGCCCCGCGCCCCCGCCUCCCCGCGCGUGCGUCCGCCGUGCCGUACGCACCGCCCGCGUCUGCGGGACUUGCACACGCAGACCGUGUACUACGUCAACACAAUAUCGGCAUCAGUGAACGUGCCAUCGCUGGAAAAAAUCGCAGCGCUGGACGCAAUGAACAUCAAGACAGAGCCAGCUGACAACAUGGCGCCCGUUCCACAACACCCGAUGCACGCGCCUGACAGAUACAUCCAGCGGGAAACCGGAGACAUGCCCGCCGCCCCGGAAUUACUGACCAACAACAAAGGGAGUACGGAGCAUAAGUCGACGGCGGCGGACGUGGAGCUCGCAGAGCUGGGCGCGUCAGUGGAGCUGGUGCAGGUGGCGCUGCGGCGGCCCUCCGUCACCACGCUCGUUAUCAAGUCCGGUUCCGGCUUCAACCUCGCGACAAACGAGAGUUUGUCGCAUGAUUUCAAACCAGGUUCGUCAGAAAGCCAAGCUACGUCAGUAAGAUCUACCUGCGAGCGCCCGCAGCAGCUCGGCGGCGGCGGGUUGUGGCGCAGCACACGGCUCGGCAGCGCAGUGAAGAUACCCUUCAAGUUGUUGAAACAGAACAUUCUAGACAAAAGAUUCAUCGUCAGCGUGCACACCAGGACCGAAAAACAGGCUCCACCUAGCGGCCUUCGUGACCUCUUCCACGACGAGAUAUCGAUGCACCACCGUCGCGGCGAGCGGGUGCUUUACACCACCAUCAACUGCCGCUCCAAGCCGCACGAGCUAGGAUGGGUCAGUGCUGCUACGGGAACUAAGAAUAAGAGAUGUCGUCACUACCGCAGGCCCAGCUACCGCUGCCUGCGCGCGCAUGUCAUGCGCCGCGCCGGGCCCACGCGCAGCGACUUGCAUCAGUUCCGUGGCAAGAUUAAGAAGUUGGUGACGGGCCAGUUCGUCGGCCGCCUGCUGCGGGAGGCCAACCUUACUAAUGUUCGCGCCGGAUGAUGAACCCUACCUCAAUGAGAAAGUCAUGCCAUUACGUAUUCAAAAAAUCCUAUUAUAACAAUUUUUUGGUAUUUUUGGUAUUUUUUGGUAUUAA